GCUGCCCAGAUCCCGACCCAGCAGGCGGGCGGGCGAGGGAUCGGACGGUGCCCGGCCUGGUCCCUGUCCGUGCAGAGCCUGGGCCCGCCCCGGCCGACCAUGCCGCCGCCCGCGCCGCCCACCCAGGUGCUGCCGGCAGAGCGCGUGGCCGUGCUGCUGUCGUGUGUGUUGUCCGCGCUGGGCUGUGGCCUGCUGCUGGCCACGCACGCCCUGUGGCCCGACCUGCGCAGCCCCGCGCGGCGCCUGCUGCUCUUCCUGUCGCUGGCCGACCUGCUCUCCGCCGCCUCCUACUUCUACGGGGCCCUGCGGGACUUCACAGGGCCCUCGUGGGACUGCGUGCUGCAGGGCGCGCUGUCCUCCUUCGCCAACGCCAGCUCCUUCUUCUGGACCAUGGCCAUCGCGCUCUACCUGUACCUGAGCAUCGUGCGCGCGGCGCGCGGGCCCCGGGCCGACCGCCUGCUCUGGGCCUUCCACGGCGUCAGCUGGGGCAUACCGAUGACCAUCACCGUGGUGGCUGUUGCCCUCAAGAAGAUCGGCUACGACGCCUCCGAUGUGUCGGUGGGCUGGUGCUGGGUGGAUCUGGAGGCAGAGGACCGCGUGCUGUGGAUGCUGCUGACGGGGAAGCUGUGGGAGCUGCUGGCCUACGUCACGCUGCCGGUGCUGUACCUCCUGGUCUGGAAGCACAUCGACAGAGCGCACGAGGCGCUGUCCGAGUACCGGCCCAUCUUCGAGUCACGCCGGCCGCAGCCCUGCGCCAACGCCUCGGUGGCCGACAAGAAGCUGCUGCUCAUCCCGCUCGUCUUCAUCUGCCUGCGCGCCUGGAGCACCGUGCGCUUCGUCCUCACGCUCCUGGGCUCCCCGCUGGUGCGCUCGCCGGCGCUGGUCGUCCUGCACCCGCCCGCCGCCAGCCUCCCCUCUGUCCCCGCAGGGCGUCGGGAACACCUUCCAGGGAGGGGCCAACUGCAUCCUGUUCGUCCUCGGCACCCGCGCCGUCCGCAUGCGGCUCUGCUCCCUGUGUCGCUGUUGUCCCCAGCCCUCCGCCCCGGGGCCCCCCGGCCCCCCCGGCCCCCCCAAGGCACCCACGUUCUCCAAGACAGGAGACCCCCCGGGACUCCCCCAGUGACGCUGUCCACCCCUGAGGGAGCGCGCCGAUUCAGCCUCUUCUACCUCCGGCGCCGCGGGCCGCGGGCCACCGCUGGUGUCUCUCGCCCUUGGGGUUCAUCUGCCAGAGGCCAGCAGGAGACUCAGGGAGCUGGGGACACAGGGUCCCACGAGGAGCCUCUAGUCCAAGACCCGCAGUGUCCCAAGGCCAUGAUUCGCUGUUUACAGUUCGUGAGACCCACACUGUGCCCCCUGUGACUAAAUGUCAGGGGUCCCAGGGAUGGGUCCCCAGCCGUAGUCUCGAGCAGAGUCCUGGGUGACAGGGCGUCCAGUCCCUGGGGAGCCCAGCUUCUUGGGCCAGCAUUGCUGGUCAACAGCGGGGCCGGUUCCCCGACGGAGCCACACAUCUGUCUGCUGCAGCUGCAUGCGACGGCCACCAAGAGCACAGCCCAGCGCAGGGCCCGGGGUCUGUGUCCCCAGCGGCCCUGGACUCUGGCUGUGGGUCGCCAGUCCCCAAGGUGGGCUGCACUUGUUUCCACUCAGGCCAGAACCCACAGUCUUGCUCUCCCCGUCCCGUAAAACGCAGCUCCCCUGGUCUGGUGCUGGGGCCGGCGGCAUCUCAGGGAGUCCCCAGGACGCUGUUUCAGACAAUUCCCUCAUUCUUAGCACUAGCGCACCCAGAACAGGCAAGUCAGGAGGAUCCGCUGGGCAGUUACUGAGUGACCCAAACACUUUAUCCCAGAGGCAUAGUUUUUCAGACUCAGCCUUGGGCUGGGAGUGGAACCUCACCGUGCAGCACCUGCUCCUGCCCCCAGCACCAAAGAAAAAGGCCUUUCUGGUGGUUUUGGGGGGAACAUGGCAACUUGGAUCCUGGGGUGAAUUUUUACAUUUAAAAGAACAAAGAUUAAAAGUGGGUUUUGUUUUUGUUUUUUGGAGAUGGGACCCAGGGCCCAGUGCUUGGUAGCCGAGGGCUGCACCGCUGAGCCAUACCCCCACCCCUAGAAGGGACUGGAGAAACAACUGUGUCUCCCAGCAACCCUUCCCUCUCAUUCCAGAAAACAGAUUCUGCUAUUCCCAGACUCUCGAGACAGGAAGUAAAAAUGUUACCCUGGCUCACCCAGGGAAAGCCCAUCUUUACCCAGUGGGCCAGUCCCCUCCAAGUCCGUUAGACGCCACCAAACUGGAAGGAUCGGCCCUGGCUUAAAUUUAAAACAAAAACCCCACCGUGUGAUCAAUUCCUGUUUUGCUCUCAAAACCAAAAUUCGUAUCAAGAAGGAGUCAUUCAGAGGACUGAUUCCAAAAGGCUCCUUUCUGGUUUCCUCCGAGGCGGGUGUCUGAAGGUCAGCAGUGCGCGGCACCCCCUGGAGUUCUGACAAUGCCAGGAGCUGCCCCACAGGACCAUUCCUGGCCAUGGGCAGCCCGUGUUGGGGUCCCUGGAACCCCUUAGAGACGUCACAGCAAAUAUCUGGGCACAGCUGUAUAGAACAGAAGAAGAACUUGUGGGAAACGAGGAAAUGAUUCACAGUUUGAGUCACAGUACCAGCCAUGAGGAAUGAGGUCACAAUGAGCUCCGCUGAGGCGGCCUUCGGGCCCUGGCCCUGGCCCUGGCCCACCAGCACAACCCCGAGGCAGCUCAGAGACAGGGUUUCCCCAGCCAGCUGUACCGGAGGAGGCCUGCAGGGGGAGUCCGGGCUCAGGUACCGGAUCUCGCCCUCCCGGCCACCUCACAGCCUCUGCCCUCUGUCUGGCCAGUGACCAGUGCAGUGGCUGCUGGGGACUCUGGUUCAGAACUUGAGGAUGAGCCCAGUGUGGUGGCACAUGGCUCCAGUUCCAGCACUCAGGAGGCUGAGGCUGGAGGAUCGCCACAUGUUUGAGCCCAGCCUGAAUUACACAGCAGGACCAUUUCAAAAAAACAAACAAAUAAAAGUAGAACUGAGGAUGACGGGAAGGGAAGUCAGUUUUGAACAUCCAGGAUGGGCCGGGCUUCUGAUCAGAACCACCUAGGGCUGCCAUGUUCCAUUCCCACUCUGGUCAGGCCCUGGGCGGCGAUGUUAACGUUCAUCUGCUGUGUCCCCUGGUCACCCAGGUGUGACCUCAGCCUUAAGGGGUCCUCAGGCCGCAGCAGUGUUCCCGCCUGGCACGCUUUGUAUGCACUUUCUGGAUCUUGCUGGAGUAACAUUCCCCAGCCACUUCCUGCCCGUGUGUGCACGUGUGUGUAUUUGGACUGUCCUGGUUUUGCGGUUUUUUUGGUACUGGGGGUGGAACUUGGGUUCUUGCGCUUGGGAGGCAGGAGGCGGAACCACUGAGCUAAAUCCCUGGCCCCCUGUUUUGUUUUGUUUUUUAAUAUAUAAAGGCUAUUAUGUGGCUGAGGCUGAAUUCUUCCUAUGUCCGACAGAAUCCUUCCUAUCUCCACAGCAAAAAUAUUUGUUUUUACAAAUUUCCAAUUGUGCCAUGACUAACUGUGAGUUUUUGCACAUGCAGAAUUGUGAAAAGCCUGACUGGCUGGGUGGAGGCCAAAGUCAUGCUGUUUUAACUUAAAUAAAUAAUUAUUUUUCUUCUGUG